UCGUUGCUUUUGUUUUAUUUUCUCCUCCCUCUCUCCUUUCACCAGUAGUUACUACGCUUAUAAUUUAUAGUAUACCUCAUACAAGGGUCAACAAUGGCACCUAACAAGAGGUUCGAAUAAUAGUUGAUUUGAUAGCAUUUGGUUUCAAAUGUUUGAGAAGGAUCAAAGGGACACUAGCUAUCAAAAUUAGAAGGUUUGUAUUAGACAUGAGAACUGAUGAGGUUCUGUUCUCCUUUUCUCUUUUUUCUUUGGUGUUAUGCUUCCAACUCUGUUCCACUGGAGAUACUUUGAAGGCUGGCCAGAAGAUAACUCUGAACUCAUUGGAGAACCUUGUUUCAUCUAACCGCACAUUUGAGCUUGGUUUCUUUCCUUUAAGUGGUAGCAGCAGUGUUGUAAAAAGCUACUACUUGGGGAUAUGGUAUCACGGGUUGGAACCACAAACAGUGGUAUGGGUUGCAAAUAGAGUCAAGCCUGUUUCAGACUCUAGUGGUGUUUUGCGAAUUGCAGAGGAUGGAAAUCUGGUGGUAGAAGGUGCGUCAAAAAGGCAUUGGUCCUCUGUAAUUGAAGCACCCUCGUCCACAAACAGAACACUGAAGCUCCUAGAAUCAGGGAACCUAGUACUAAUGGACGAUAACUCGGGAAACAGUAAUUACCUGUGGCAGAGUUUCAAGAACCCAACAGACACGUUUCUUCCUGGCAUGAAAAUGGAUGCAAGUUUAGCAUUGACUUCAUGGAGAAACUCCACUGCCCCGGCACCUGGUAACUUCACCUUUACGCUGGCUCCAGAGGACGAGAGGGGAAGCUUCGCAGUGCAAAAGCUAUCACAAAUCUACUGGGACCUUGACGAACUCGACAGAGAUGUUAAUUCCCAAGUAGUAUCUAAUUUGUUGGGCAACACCACCACCCGGGGUACUAGGUCGCACAAUUUUUCAAACAAAACCAUCUAUACAUCGAAGCCUUACAAUUACAAGAAAUCGAGGCUGCUAAUGAAUUCCAGUGGGGAGUUACAAUUUCUCAAGUGGGAUGAGGAUGAAGGGCAAUGGGAAAAGCGCUGGUGGGGGCCAGCUGACGAGUGCGACAUUCAUGAUUCUUGCGGGAGCUUUGGCAUAUGUAACAGAAAUAACCAUAUUGGCUGCAAAUGUUUACCAGGAUUCGUUCCCAUUCCUGAGGGAGAGCUCCAAGGACAUGGGUGUGUGAGAAAAUCAACAUCGUGUAUCAACACCGACGUCACAUUCCUCAACUUAACCAACAUAAAAGUACGAAACCCAGACAAUGAAAUUUUUACAGAAACAGAAGCAGAAUGCCAGUCCUUUUGCAUUAGCAAGUGUCCCCUUUGCCAGGCAUAUUCAUAUCAUACGUCUACAUACGGUGAUCGCAGUCCCUUUACAUGCAACAUCUGGACACAGAAUUUAUCUUCUCUUGUAGAGGAGUACGAUCGUGGCCGUGAUCUUUCUAUCCUCGUUAAGAGAUCAGAUAUAGCACCAACUGCAAAAACGUGUGAACCUUGCGGAACAUAUGAGAUUCCUUAUCCACUAAGCACUGGGCCAAACUGUGGAGAUCCCAUGUACAACAAGUUCAAUUGUACCAAAUCGACAGGCCACGUUAACUUCAUGAUGCCCAAAGGAAUAUCAUACCAGGUUACUGGGAUCGAAGAAGAUACCAGAACGUUUUUCAUUCAUACGGAUGCUUCAUAUUCCUGUAGUUCCAGAAGAGAUCAAAAUAACACACCUAAUUUGCCAUUUAAUGUAGUUGAUUGCAUACAAGAUUUUGGAAUAGUUAAAUUCAGUUGGCAACCAGCACCAGAACCUCCCUGUAAUAGGCCUAUGGACUGCAUGAAUUGGCCCCAUUCAACAUGCAGAGAAACAAGUGAAGGAGGAACCAGGUGCCAUUGUGAUUUAAAAUAUAGGUGGAACAACUCAAUCAUGAGUUGCACCCAAGAGCCACCGAGCAAUCGUUCAUACAAACGACUGGCAUUGAUUCUUACAAUAAUUUUAAUAAGCAUUAUUACUCUGGCAUGCAUAAUAGUACUUGCAAUUGUGCGGCGAAAGAAAAAUGCCCCUAAGCCUGAUCGGGCAAGCACCCAAAUUCAGGAGAGCUUGUAUGAGAGUGAAAGACAAGUGAAAGGUUUGAUUGGCUUAGGAAGUUUAGAAGAAAAGGACAUUGAAGGAAUUGAAGUACCCUGUUAUACUUAUGCAAGCAUUCUAGCAGCUACAGAUAAUUUCUCAGAUUCUAACAAGCUUGGAAGAGGAGGUUAUGGACCUGUUUAUAAGGGAACGUUUCCUGGAGGUCAAGACAUAGCUGUAAAGAGGCUUUCAAGUGUUUCCACUCAAGGCUUAGAGGAAUUCAAGAAUGAGGUUAUUUUGAUUGCAAAACUUCAGCAUCGGAACCUUGUUAGACUCAGGGGCUAUUGCAUUGAAGGAGAUGAAAAAAUCUUACUUUAUGAAUACAUGCCAAACAAGAGCUUGGACUCAUUUAUAUUUGACCCGACACGAACUUCACUCCUGGAUUGGCCAAUACGAUUUGAGAUAAUCGUAGGCAUUGCGCGAGGCAUGUUGUAUCUUCACCAAGACUCCAGAUUGAGAGUGAUUCAUAGAGACCUGAAAACCAGCAACAUACUUCUGGAUGAGGAGAUGAAUCCAAAGAUAUCAGACUUUGGUCUUGCCAAAAUAUUUGGGGGAAAAGAAACUGAAGCAUGUACAGGGAGAGUAAUGGGAACCUUUGGAUACAUGGCUCCAGAGUAUGCCUUGGACGGAUUCUUUUCAACCAAAUCCGACGUUUUCAGCUUUGGAGUAGUCCUUCUAGAGAUUCUUAGUGGAAAAAAGAACACUGGAUUCUAUCAGUCCAAGCAAAUUUCUAGCCUUUUGGGUCAUGCAUGGAAGUUAUGGACAGAGAAUAAGCUACUGGAUUUAAUGGACCCAUCUCUUUGUGAAACAUGCAACGAAAAUGAAUUCAUUAAGUGUGCAGUCAUUGGACUCUUAUGCGUACAAGAUGAACCAAGUGAUCGACCCACUAUGUCAAAUGUUUUGUUCAUGCUCGACAUAGAGGCAGCAAGCAUGCCAAUUCCCACGCAGCCAACCUUUUUUGUGAAAAAGCAUCUUUCUAGCUCAGCUUCCUCUUCGAGCAAACCAGAUAUAGGUCAGUUUGAGAGCAGUUAUCAAGAAGGUCGAUACGCCGGUUGUUCAACCUCAAGAGAUCAAAAUAACACACCUAAUUUUCCAUUUAAUGUAGUUGAUUGCAUACAAGAUUUUGGAAUAGUUAGAUUCAGUUGGCAACCAGCACCAGAACCUCCCUGUAAUAGGCCUAUGGACUGCAUGAAUUGGCCCCAUUCAACAUGCAGAGAAACCAGGUGCUAUUGUGAUUUAAAAUAUAGGUGGAACAACUCUAUCAUGAGUUGCACCGAAGAAGAGCCGUCAAGAGAGCAUUUAACCCACCGACUGGCAUUGAUUCUUACAGUAAUUCUUGGUUCCAUGGCUAUUCUGGCAUGCAUAACAGCAUUUGUGCUUGUCCGGAGAAAGAAAAAAGCUCAUAAGCUUGAUCGGGCAAGCACCCAAAUUCAGGAAAGUUUGUAUGAGAGCGAAAAACGUGUGAAAGGUUUGAUUGGCUUAGGAAGUUUAGAAGAAAAAGAUAUUGAAGGAAUUGAAGUUCCCUGUUAUACUUUUGCAAGCAUUCUAGCAGCCACAGAUAAUUUCACCGAUUCUAACAAGCUUGGAAGAGGUGGUUAUGGGCCUGUUUAUAAGGGAACGUUUCCUGGAGGUCAAGACAUAGCUGUAAAGAGGCUUUCAAGUGUUUCCACUCAAGGCUUAGAGGAAUUCAAGAAUGAGGUUAUUUUGAUUGCAAAACUUCAGCAUCGGAACCUUGUUAGACUCAGGGGCUAUUGCAUUAAAGGAGAUGAAAAAAUCCUACUUUAUGAAUACAUGCCAAACAAGAGCUUGGACUCAUUUAUAUUUGACCGGACACGAACUUUACUCCUGGAUUGGCCAAUACGAUUUGAGAUAAUCGUAGGCAUUGCGGGAGGCAUGUUGUAUCUUCACCAAGACUCCAGAUUGAGAGUGAUUCAUAGAGACCUGAAAACCAGCAACAUUCUUCUAGAUGAGGAGAUGAAUCCAAAGAUAUCAGACUUUGGUCUUGCCAAAAUAGUUGGGGGAAAAGAAACGGAAGCCAGUACAGAGAGAGUAGUGGGAACCUAUGGAUAUAUGGCUCCAGAGUAUGCUUUGGAUGGACUUUUUUCAUUCAAAUCCGAUGUUUUCAGCUUUGGAGUAGUCCUACUAGAGAUUCUUAGUGGGAAAAGAAACACGGGAUUCUAUCAGUCCAAACAAAUUUCUAGCCUUUUGGGUCAUGCAUGGAAGUUAUGGACAGAGAAUAAGCUACUGGACUUAAUGGACCCAUCUCUUGGUGAAACAUGCAACGAAAAUCAAUUUAUUAAGUGUGCACUCAUUGGGCUAUUAUGCAUACAAGAUGAACCAGGUGAUCAACCUACUAUGUCAAAUGUUUUGUCAAUGCUUGACAUAGAGGCAGUAACCAAGCCAAUUCCCACGCCACCAACCUUUUUUGUGAACAAGCGUCAUUCUAGCUCAGCUUCCUCUUCUAGCAAACCAGAAACAAGUCUGCAAUUUGACAGCAGUUAUCAAGAAGGUCGAUAGUCCAUGAUGGAGGCUAUGGUUGAAAUACAUGAAAAAUAUUUAAUGAUAUUUUAGUUGUAUUUUAGAAUAAUUUAGAGUAAAGAAAAUAGUUUAUCUUAUAAUUUAUAUAUAUAGUGUAAAGAUUACUUUUGUAUUUCUUUGUUAUCUUAUAAUUUAUUAAUAAGAAAAUAGUUUAUAUAGUGUAAA